GAUCGGUACUAGUUCGUUAAUUUGGAGGCUUGUUUCUCAUUAGCGUGGCGUUCUAUAUUUAUGAAAUUUAUACUACAUCACAAUGGCAUUCACACGAAGGACAUCUAGUCGGGCUUGCAAAGAAUUGACUAUGGCUCGCAUUGUUGCUUGUUUAGAAUCACCACAGGAACCUGAAAUUAACCUUAAAGAAAGUAGUGUCUUUUCUUCGAGAUUUGAUUCCUGUCUAAGAUCUCGAAGAGCAACGUGUACUGGUGCCUUAAAGUCUCCAGUUAAGAAAUUGUCAGAGCUUUGUUUAUCUUCACCCCAAAGGACUCCCAAGUCACUUUUAAAUACAAGCUGUUUAAUCGAAAAAAGAGGAAACAUCUUAAAUACGAACUCUCAAUGUCCAAUGGAUAGCGAAGAUUCAUAUGAUGAAAGUUCUAUCUCGACAAGUGAAUCAAGUUUUUCGACAUGUAAUUCAUCAGAUUCUUCCGACUUUACUGAACAACAAUUUCAACACAAAAACAGGUUGAAAGGUCCUAUAAUAAAGUCAUUCCCUGUAAGAAGAACAAAGCUCAAUGCCAAUAAACGCUCUGUAUCGGCUCAUAGGAAGCGCACUCUUAGCCAGGUGUCUCGUGGUGAGUCUUUUCUUAAUUUAAAUUCUACGAAUUCGGAAUAUGGAUGGUUACCUGGUCGUGAACAAGAAUUUGAAAACAUUUAUACAUUCAUACUUAAUAAACUAUCUCAAAAUUCUGGCGGCUGUAUGUACAUAUCUGGUAUUCCGGGUACUGGUAAAACAGCAUCAGUUCAAUCGGUGCUGUCUACGAUGCAUAAAUUGGUUGCUGAUUCAGGUUUGGAAAGUCAAAUACCCACAUUCCAAGUAAUCUAUGUUAAUGGCAUGCGUGUCAGUGAUCCUAAACAAGUUUACGUGGAGAUAUAUGAACAAUUAACUGGUUUAACUACAACUGCAAAAUGUGCUUCUGACUUGUUAGAAAAAGAAUUUUGUCAUAAUGAAAUUAAAAAAGUAUCUCAUAGUAAAGUUUCUGAAAAGCCAGUUGUUUUAGUCAUUGAUGAAUUGGAUUUGUUAUGUACUCGUCGACAAGACAUACUUUACAGUCUUUUCGAUUGGCCUACACGCCAUAAUAACCAUCGCGUUUUAAUAGUAUUGGCUAUUGCCAAUACCAUGGAUCUACCGGAACGUUUACUUCAUCCACGCGUAGCCAGUCGUUUAGGCUUAACUAGACUUACUUUCUCACCUUAUUCUCACGAACAACUUGCUCAAAUUGUGCGACAUCAUUUAUCGUCUUUAUCAAAUAUGUUUCAGCCUAAAGCACUUGAGUUGGCUGCACGUAAGGUAGCUGCUGUUUCUGGUGAUGUGCGACGCGCUCUUGAUAUCUGCAAAAGAGCUGCUGAAAUUGUUUCAUCUAAUGGGAAAUGUAACAAAGAAAUAGAUAUUUCGCAUAUCAAUGCCGCUUUAAAAGAGAUGUUCACUACACCGAAAUCAGAAGCUAUAUGUGCCUGUUCAUUAUAUGAGAAAUUGUUUCUUCGUGCUGUUAUAGCUGAAUUUCAGGCACGUUCCACAGAAGAAGCUCGAUUAGACCGGUGUAUUCGUCAAAUGUUCGCACUUUGUCGAAUUGAAGGUGUUCCAUGUCCAACCACAUCAGAAGUAUUUGCUAUUUGUGCUAGUCUUGGAGCUCAUAAGCUAUUGUUAACUGAAAGAUCGCGAUGCGAUAUUUCAAUGCUUGUCCGUCUCAAUUGUACAAAGUCGGAUAUAUUAUACUGUUUAAAUCAGCAAUCUGACUUAUAAAUCUAACAUAUACUGGACGAAUUAUUCUUAACUUAGAAAGAGAUGUUUCAAUAGACGAUUAUCCAAUCAAUCAUCUGUAUAUCCGAGAUUAUAUUGUAUUUUUCAUUUCAAAAACGAUAUACUGAUGUUCAUGCAUUUCAUUAAAUUUGUCGGUAGUAUAUUUAAUUGAUUCUAGUCCGUGUUUACAAACUUACCAUGGAUAAAAACUAAGAAUUCUUAUUUUCUUUAUGAACCAAUGCAGUUAAUAAACUAGAUUAGAGCUAGUUUAGCAUAUCUCUAUUAUAUCUAUUAAAUAAGCGUUAAUUAACUCUCCCAUUUCUCGAUAAUCCCACAUAUUUCUAAAUUCUUUUGUUAAAUCUGUUCAAAUCAUUUUUUACUGACAAACUUUUUUAGUUGCAAUAUGUUAUUGUCUUUAGCCAGCUUUAACUGAUCGAAAAUAACUAUAAAUUUAAAUCCAUCCUCCUAAUGAAUAGAUGAUAGUUUUCAUGUUUCUUCCUAAAAAUGCUUGCUUUGAGUCAUUCUACAACAGUUUCAUAGCGAAGUUGUCAUCUAAAGAACGCUAUCUCAUUCAAAUCUGAUAUAACAAACGUUAAUUGAAAAAUGUGAAAAUAAAAUUCACUUCUGUGU